AUGUUCGGACGGCUGCGAGUAAUUCUUCUCUCAGCCUCAGCCUUGUGCCAGCUCUCGGGCGCUGCACCCGCAGACCCGACCAUCACCACUGCUGCUGUGUUACCAAGGCAGAACAGUGACAAUUUCAUCGGAUAUCUGGAGCUGAACAGCACUUGGAACAGCUUUGACUGUGAUCCUGGCCUGACGUGGUUUCAGAGUGGACAAUAUGCUCAGUGUUGCCCGGCCACCCGUCCAUCGUGCUAUGCAGCGACUGCAUGCUUUGGAGGAUCUCAGAUCUACACAUACCCCGAUCGCUCUAGCGUGAGGACGAUCGCAUGUACCGCAAACUAUGGAAAUGCCAAGGUCUCAAUCUGCAACACAAUCUAUAUUUACGAGAACACACAAGAUUCGAAUCCCAAGACAAACAUUAACUGCGGAGACUCCAGUGUGAACUGGUCAUAUUAUCGAGAUAUCCCUGCGUCGGCGACUGGGAUUGUCAAUACAUCUCCACUGACCUCCAUACUACAACUCCCUUCCACGGCCAAUAUCGGGCCCACCUCGCCUGCUGAAGUAACAUCAGGGUCAAAGGCGUGGAUUGCAGGCGCGGUCGCCGGUCCAGUACUAGGUCUCGCACUCGUUGGUCUUGGUGUCUGUUUUUUCCUCCGUCGGAAGAAGAAGGCUGCUAUAGCGCCUCAGUAUGGCACCGCAUCGAUGGCACCAAUUGAUCCUUCCCAACCACCAGCAGGUGUUGGCGGCUACACUGAUGCCAAACCGCAGUUCGCUUCAUCGCAUCCAGGAUACUAUAGUCAACCUGGGCAGCCAGAUCACUACGCCCAGCAAGGGUCUCCCCAGCAAGGAGGCUACUCAACUAGUCCGCAGUUCGGCUUCCAGUCUGCCACCUCGCCACCUCUAGGAGGUCACACACACGAUGCCAGGUACGAAAUCGCCAAAGGAGCUGCAGAGCUCGGUGGGGACAUAAGUGGAAGUGCGGCUGUUGCAGAACUGAGUAGUGGAGACGUCAAAACACGUGACGAGGGUUCAUCUGGCGGCAUUGGUCUGUCAACGGAAGGUCACAGCAAGCACCAGUAG